CGAUGUCCAUUUCUGAUGGCUGCACAAGAAAGAGCAUAUGACAAAAUCAUAUAAUCAGUCUCUUUAUAUGAACUACUAUACAAUGCAAUGACAGCUUUUUACCUGUCGAUAAGAAUAGAAAGAUAGAACACGUUGUGUUGGUUAAACUCUAUUGUACUACCUCUAUGCAGAUUGGAGUAACAGUCUUCCCUCUCCCCUCCCUCCCUUGUGUUAUGUGUGUACCCUGUUUUGUACCUUGUGCUGGUCAGUUAUUUUGGUGCAAUGACAAAUUAAACAGAAUUAGAGCGAUUCAGGAGGACUCUUCCACCGGACAGUCCGAUCACACCGGAUUUCUGCGGAGAUCUUCAUUUAUGUGAUGAAGUAACAGGCUGUGCUAGAAUGUCAAACUUUGCGACCUGCGUCUGAUGAGACGAGGACAAUAACUCGCUGAGAAAAAGGUUUCAAAAACUGUGGAUUUCACUUGAACAUCAACAUGAAGUUCGCCCAGAUCAUGCUGAAGAACAGCUCAAAGCUGAACAUACCUAAACAAGUGGACAGAUUUUCAAAGUACUCUCCGUCCCCGCUGUCAAUGAAGCAGUUCAUUGACUUUGGAUCAGCCAAUGCCUGUGAAAAGACCUCCUUCAUGUUUUUAAGGCAAGAGCUUCCUGUCCGUUUAGCCAACAUCAUGAAGGAGAUCGACUUCCUCCCAGACAAACUGCUCGGCACUCCUUCACUGAAGCUGCUUCAUAGCUGGUAUGCGCAGAGUUUGAUGGAGCUUGUUGACUUUUUGGAGAAAGACCCUGAUGAUAAAAAAAUCCUAACUAAAUUCACAGAAACACUGAUCAAUGUCAGGAACAGGCACAACAAUGUGGUGCCCACCAUGGCGCAGGGAGUGCUGGAGUACAAGGAGGCCUUUGGCGUGGAUCCCGUGACCAAUCAGAACGUCCAGUAUUUUUUGGACCGCUUCUACAUGAGCCGAAUCUCCACACGCAUGCUGAUGAAUCAGCACUCGUUAAUCUUCGAUGGCAGCACCAAUCCAGCCCACCCCAAACACAUUGGCAGUAUCGACCCAAACUGUGACGUUGUGGAGGUUGUAAAAGAUGCCUAUGAGAGUGCCAAGAUGCUGUGUGAUCAGUACUACUUGACCUCUCCCGAAGUGGAAAUCAAACAAGUCAACUUUAAAGGAUCCAGUGACCGUAUACAUAUAGUUUAUGUGCCUUCUCAUCUGUACCACAUGCUCUUUGAGCUCUUCAAGAAUGCAAUGAGAGCAACUGUGGAAACCCAUGAGACCAGCCUACAUCUACCACCAAUCAAAGUGAGAGUUUCUCUAGGGAGUGAAGAUCUGACCAUCAAGAUGUCUGACAGAGGAGGUGGAGUUCCUUUGAGAAAAAUCGAAAGGCUUUUCAGCUACAUGUAUUCAACUGCACCGAGUCCUGUGGCUGAAAACAGCCGUAAUGCUCCCCUGGUAAGAACCUAG